GUCAACCCAGGGCGCCCUCACAGCUCAAGGCGCCCGGAAGACCCCAAGGCCACCGAGUCCUUGGGUGAGCAGCUUCCGCGGGAUCUCGGCGCUCCCACUGCAGGCCUACGCCUCCCCGACACAGGCGGGGGCUUUCGCCGCGCCGCGCGGGAGGGCGCAGGAGAACUAGAAUUCAGACUGCCUGUCCUGCCGCCUCCCUCAGGAGAGACUGAUUUCUAGACCAGAUUUGCUGCUAUAUGAUCUGCUGGGGAACUUCAGUGUCUUUUGUGCUUUAGUGACUUGCAAGACAAAGAAGGGCCUGCAGACCAGCAGCAUCGCCACCACCUUUGGAAGAAAUGCAGAACUUUGGGCCUCCUCGAAACCUACUGAGUCACGACUGACAUUUUAACAAGAUUCCCAGGAUAUUCUUGUCACCCUCGGAAGAGCUCGUAUCAUGGAAUCGAUCUGUAUGACGGGAAGCCCAAAGAGCCUUAGCGAAACAUUUUUGCCUAAUGGCAUAAAUGGUAUCAAAGAUGCAAGAAAAGUCACUGUGGGUGUAAUUGGAAGUGGGGAUUUUGCCAAAUCUCUGACCAUUCGGCUCAUUAGAUGUGGCUAUCACGUAGUCAUAGGAAGUAGAAACCCUAAGUUUGCAUCUGAAUUUUUUCCUCACGUGGUAGAUGUCACCCAUCAUGAAGACGCUUUAACGAAAACAAACAUCAUAUUUGUUGCGCUGCAUAGAGAACAUUACACCUCCCUGUGGGACCUGAGACAUCUACUCGUGGGGAAAAUCCUGAUCGACGUGAGCAAUAAUAUGAGAGUAAACCAGUACCCAGAAUCCAAUGCUGAAUAUUUGGCCUCGUUAUUCCCGGAUUCCUUGGUUGUCAAAGGGUUCAACGUCAUCUCGGCUUGGGCACUUCAGUUAGGACCGAAAGAUGCCAGCCGCCAGGUCUAUAUAUGCAGCAACAAUAUCCAAGCUCGACAGCAGGUUAUUGAACUCGCCCGUCAGUUGAAUUUUGUUCCUGUUGACUUGGGAUCAUUAUCGUCAGCCAGGGAAAUUGAAAAUUUACCCCUGCGACUGUUUACCCUCUGGAGGGGGCCGAUGGUGGUAGCCAUAAGCUUGGCCACAUUUUUCUUUCUUUACUCCUUUGUCAGAGACGUGAUCCAUCCAUAUGCAAGAAGCCAGCAAAGUGACUUUUACAAGAUUCCUAUUGAGAUUGUGAACAAAACUUUGCCCAUAGUCGCCAUUACUUUGCUGUCCCUGGUAUACUUAGCGGGCCUCCUGGCAGCUGCUUAUCAGCUCUAUUAUGGCACCAAGUAUAGGAGAUUUCCACCCUGGCUGGAGACCUGGUUACAGUGUAGGAAACAGCUGGGACUACUAAGUUUUUUCUUCACUGUUGUGCAUGUUGCCUACAGCCUCUGCUUACCAAUGAGAAGAUCAGAAAGAUACUUGUUUCUCAACAUGGCUUACCAGCAGGUUCAUGCAAAUAUUGAAAACUCUUGGAACGAGGAGGAGGUGUGGAGGAUUGAAAUGUACAUCUCCUUUGGCAUAAUGAGCCUUGGCUUGCUUUCCCUUCUGGCCAUCACUUCCAUCCCUUCAGUGAACAAUGCUUUAAACUGGAGGGAAUUCAGCUUUAUUCAGUCUACUCUUGGGUACGUUGCUUUGCUCAUCAGUACUUUCCACGUUCUCAUUUAUGGAUGGAAACGAGCUUUUGAAGAAGAGUACUACAGAUUUUAUACACCACCAAACUUCGUGCUCGCUCUUGUUUUGCCCUCAGUCGUAAUUCUGGGUAAGAUCAUUUUACUCCUUCCAUGUAUAAACAGAAAGCUAAAGAGAAUUAAAAAGGGCUGGGAAAAGAGCCAAUCUCUUGAAGAAGGUAUUGGAGGAACUGUUCCUCAUCUUUCCCCGGAGAGGGUAACCGUAAUGUGAUGACAGAAGGUGCUCACAGAUGUCAGGAAAAGUUCUGUGUGUGCCAUUGUUUGUACAGCUUCCUCUUUGUUCAGUUGUUAUGUGUGGAAUUACCAUGGUUUGAAACCUGUUAAAUGGGAUUUUAACUGAAUUAGUGACAGAAUUUCCUUCAAGUUGUCACAGGUGUCCUAGUUUAUCAAUUUUAAUUUUUGUAUUCAAUGUAUUAUUGAAAUUUAAGUAUAUUUCAUUUUGUUUUGCACAACUUAACAUUAUUGUUAUUUUCCUGUAUUUUAUAACCAAGCAAAAAUAUUUACAGUUAAUCAUCUAGAUGUAACAAAAUGUGAAAAACACUUCACAAACCAGAAGUUCAAGCUUUCAAUAUAUUUUAAUGAGUAUACUUUACUUUCUAUGAAGCAUCAGCAAGGUUUUUUUUGUUGUUUUCAUUUUUUGGUACUGAGAAUAGAACUCAGGACCUUACACUUGCCAGGCAGGUGCUU